AUGAAGGGACUGAAUUGGUCAGACAACUCUUAUACAUCCACCAAUUUUCAAGACAUUUGUUAUUACUCAGCUCCGAAGAAGCAACUCUCUCUUAACAGCUUAGAAGAAGCCGACACCGAGCUUCUUAGCAACCACGAAGGAGACAACAACAAAGAUAAAGCCUCAGACUCGGAAUAUGAUUCAGAGUUGGAUUCUGAUUUGGAUUUCCAGUUUGAUAAUGGUGCAAGUUGUUUGCCGAUUCCACCGGAGGAAGAGAAACGGAUCGUGUCUAAGUUGAUUAAUUUGAAAGAGGGAAACUUGUACUACGUUAUUUCCAUUAGAUGGUUUUCAAGGCGGCAGAUGUAUGUCGAGCAUUGUGCUGAAAUAAUUUUGUGUAUUUGGGAUUACUUCAAUUUGAGCAAGCAUUCAUUACUGAAGGCUCCAUACCAUACAUUGGAGGAUGCAAACAUGAAAAUAGAUUGGCUUGCAAAAGUUCAAUUUUUGGGAUUUGUGAAUCUUCCAAAUUUGGUGAAGCUUUUGGGAUACUGUUCUGUAGAUGGUGAAAAAGGGAUCCAACGGUUGUUAGUGUAUGAGUUUAUGCCUAAUAGGAGUUUAGAGGAUCAUCCUUUUAGUCGUACUUUACCUACUUUUCCUGGGAAAAUGAGAUUGCAGAUUAUGCUUGGUGCCGCUCACGGAUUACAAUAUCUACAUGAGGGUUUGGAGAUUCAAGUGAUUUACAAAGAAUUUAAAUCUUCAAAUAUGCUCUUGGACAAGAAACUCUAUCCCAAACUCUCAGAUUUUGGUCUUGCUAGGGAGGGCCCAAUAGGUGAUCAGACUCAUGUCUCCACUGCAUGUAUGUAG